AUGUUGAACGACCAGCGACCUUGAAAACUCGAAGUAAACAUUGUAUUAUCAAAGUAGAACUGCAAUAUUUUGACAAAAAAAGAUGUAAUAAUAAAUUAUGUCUACGUAAUAACUCAAUGUUCGAAAUAACAUCCGUUAAUUUAAUGUAUUGAUUGUAAAAUCUGUGAAAAUGUGUCCUAUAAAUUGCAUUUCAAGACAAAGUAAUUCGAACUCCAUUGGACUGAACAUUGGGAGAAACAAAAUAUAUUAAUUCCUUCAAAUGUCGCUGAUUCUGAGGCGAUACGAAGUUCACCAAGACAGGUAGUAAUGGAUCAUCGACAUCGCCAUCACCCUCAACACGUGCACUGUUGAACUAAAGUCUCUCACAUCAGACGAGGUUUGCUAUAAUAGUCACGCAUGACUGAAGGCUCGGGUAUCGCAGUUAGGUCAACGAAAAUGUGGUAAAUACCGUUACCUAUAUCUCGGUGACUGGUAGCAGGAAGACAAACUGAUAUUUGUAAGAACUGCCAAAAUGUAUAAGAAACGAGAAGGAACGUCGGGCAUUAAAGGCCAGCUGUACGAAACAAAAUUAAUAAGCCUCAUUAACUUCAGAGCGAAAUUCGACAACAGCCUCAAAGAUUGUUAUUUAGCGACCAACAUGGCAGACAUAGGAACAUUUGACGAUAUAUGCUUUAGGGCUAAAACAAAAAUUGGGAAAAACAAUAAACAAAUCGCCAUUUUCAUUCAGGCCAAACACAAAGAAGCAGAUAAAACUGUUUUGACAAUAAACAGCAAAAAUGACUUAGCUAAAUGGUUUACCAGCUACCUAACCAUCAGACGUUCCUUCAAACAAAUCAAUGAAGACGUCUUUUUUAAGGGAAAGUUCCAGGACAUUGAUACAUAUUUCAUUAUGUAUACGACAGCUAGAGAUGAUCAUGAUAAUGUACGAUUUGAUAAAGAAGUUGCUCAUAAACUCAACAGUUUAAUAGCUACAGGGAACGAUGGCGUGCAGCCGAAUUACAAAGAAACAGAUCUAGAAUUCCUUUGUGAGAUAGUCAUGAAGGAACAGCUAGUCGACCUGGCUACUUUAUUAGCAGAAUUUAUUAAUAAAAACGACAAUACUCUACUGUCAAUAAACAACGAUCUGAUACUCAUUUAUCACGUAAUUCUGGCGAAAAAGUUCUUACUUAUAAGCGAGAUUCGAGAUAAAAACGAAAACAGUGAACACAGAACCGCUCGUUUCCGUAGUGAAUUCUAUACAAGUGAUGAUGAAUUUAUUAAAUUAUUUAGGGACACGCUUUAUAAAGAAAUUCUAAAGAAAAGAGACAUUGAUGAUGUUACUAGGAAUGAACUGAUAGCAAAUCUACUUGAGGAACCUUUGGAUCUUAAAAUAUUAGCAAAACUUAUUUACAAUGUUGUAACACUAAACGACAAUGGAAAACUAGAAUUUGUUGACAAAUCUAUGAGUGAAGAUUUAAGACAUAGAUUAGAAAAGGUCAUUGUUCUUCGGGCAAAUGUACAUGAAGCCAUUUCUUUAGCCGCGGAAGAAAUCCUUAGACCAAAAGAAAUUAAAGUCCCAGUGGCAUUCGGCAAUAAAGAUCUCACAGUAAGAGGGAAUGAAGAUAAUAAUGAAGAUUGGACAGCUGACAGCAUACUUGUAAAAGUCAAAAACAAAAUCGUGGAAAUGUUAUUGAAGUCUGCACCGGGAAAUAUAGUUACAAUAGACAAUACUGUGGAUAAGGAAUUUUCGAAAAUCAACAUUGAUUUAGGCAGUAUUGUAGGAAAUAUUUUAAUAGCGGACCAAAAUAGUGAAUUCAUGAAAUUCUCAGACAAUACGGAAACACUAGGUGACAUUGCGAAACAGCUGUUUUCUGAACUACAAUCCGUAAUACCAAAUUUACAAGAUUUUAAAUUUAGUUCAGAAGUUGAAACGUUUCCAGUGCUUUCGUUUGAGAAGAUAGAUUUAAUAGAAGAUGAUGUUUCAGCGCUCGCGACAACUAUUGUUGCAUUUCUGAAUAAAAACACUGAUUCUGUUAUGCCAAUGACUGAUAUAAUCUUACGACGAUACCACGUGGUUCUUGCACGUAAAGUAUUGGACAUUUCUGAUAUUAUUGGCGAAGGUGACGAUGCGUACAGACUAGCGACAUUCCAACAGGAUUUCUUUGAGUCAGAAGAAGAUUCACUCGUGUCGUUUAAACGACAUUUAUACUCUGAAAUACUAAAAGGACGAAAUUUACAUGACAAAGAACUUGAAGACUCGUUGGAACUGCAUCAAUCAAUAGAAGACGAUGCUAUAAAUGUGUUUGCAAAGACAAUAUUAAUGAAACGAGAGUUUAAAGUGUCAACCGCUUUCGGAAACAAAGACAUCAAACUUAAAAAAAGUAAAGCAGAAAAAAGAUUAGAUCAUUUGAAAAUGAAACUAUGUGAACUGAUGAGUAAAUCAGGUGACGAUAAAGUUGUUACUAUUGAGGAGUCUUUAGGAGAAGGUUUCCUGAAGCUCAAUGGAGGUAUAGCAGGCAUUGUUGGAAAUAUUUUAAUACUCGACGAAGAUACUCACCUAUUUAAAUUCACAGCCAAUUGGGAAUCACUAGAAGAUACUUCCAAAAGGCUGUUCACAAAACUGCACAGAAAAACUCCCAACUUACAUGAAUAUAAAUUUAACGUAAACGCCAAAAGAUUCCCAAAGCUCUCGUUCAAAAGAAAUGAAGAUGAUGAAAAUAAGGCGAAAGAUUUCUUGAACAGACUUCUGUUUUACACCAACCAAGCUGACGAGAAAGGCGUCGAGAAAUGUUUAAAAGACGAAAUUGAAGAUCACCAAUGUCUAAACGUUGACAGUAUCAAAGUGACGGCCGACGCCAUUUUCUUACAAUACCACGACCAAAUACAACAAUGGUGGAUGUUAAAGGAGGCGGAAUAUCUGACGAAAAAGAGUUCGCAUUACGAAGACGCCUUAAAAUUGAUUGUCGACAAACCUCUUUUGUCAGUCUUUAGUAAAAUGUACACAGUGAAAAUGGGAAAUAUUUUUGAAAUAACUUUUAAUGAUCAAGCUGUCAAAUCAUUGAAUCUAACAGAAAAAUUAACAAACGUCAUUUUCGUAACGGAGAAUAUUCCUUUGACAGUAGUAAAAAUUAUGCAAUCUUUAAAUAAAUUCAAACAUACUGUCAUGGAUUUAGAAGAUCUCCUUCAAACGAAAGACUACUCCACACUUAUUGCCGAACUAACAAAAAUGGAACAAAAUAAAAUAAUAAUACUAGCGUGCGACAACAUACAAAGAAGCUCAAAUAAAAGAUUGGAAAAUAUAUCAAAAAUUUUGAUUGAAAAACGGAUAAUUAUCGUCACAAACACAGCUUUGCUAGACACGGUCCAGAUACAUUUUUCAGGUAUCAAGGAAAUAAAACACGACAGAUGUAGUCUAUCAGACAUGAGUGAGAAUUCACAGAAAACUGUAUUACAAGCAAAAGUACAUUUUCAAGAUGUCGAAGUGACAUUAGACACUAUCGUUGACGAGGAAGCGAUGCAAACCGUCGAAGGAAAUAUUCUUAAUGACUUCAUUAAUAAUGAAACAAGAUGUUUUGGUAACUCAGUUACGAAUCUAAAUUAUGAGAAAGUUAAACACCUUUAUGUGGACAGAAGGAUGUGUAUAGUGUGUGAGGCAGCAAAGGCCAGAUAUUUUAUUCCUAAACAAAUAGUACUAUCCAAUCUGAAUGACUUGUCUAAUGUUGUCCUAUUGGCAGCAAAGCCAGGUAUGGGAAAGUCAACUCUAUUGACCCACUUGUCUAUUAAAACUAAAGAGUCAAACCCAAAAACUUGGAUAGCGCGAGUCAAUUUGCUCGACCAUUGUGAAAUAUUCAAUAAAUGGCAAGAAACCAAAAUGAAAAUUGAUGUUUUGGAGACUUUGAAGUUUUUAUGUCCUAUUAUUGUCGGAGGGAACAAAAAGAGUGACUUAGAAUGCGAUUUAGAGGAAUCGAAUGGUGAAGUACAUCUAAAAUCGUGUCGUAUAGACAAUCCGUGGACAGUGUUUGAAAUUAAAAUGUUCCUAGACUAUUUUAACAGGAAGGAACUUGUCUUUUUAUUCGAUGGUUUCGAUGAAAUAUGUCCGCUCUAUACAGAGGAAGUAAUGUGUUUAUUAAAAGUUGUACGGAAUUACACAAAUAAACAUAAAAUGUGGAUCACGUGUAGGUUUUACGAAAGGGUCUUGUCAGGUUUGGAACAAGAAUUCGGGUAUCCAUAUGAAUUGCAAGCUUUCAACGAAAUCGAAUUCGAUGAAUAUUUGUGGAAAUAUUGGCAAUCAACGAUUAUAUUUAGAAAUUUGAACAAACAGCAAUGCAGUAACUUGUGUAGCUUUAUGGAAUUUAUGUCAAAUUAUUAUUAUAAUUCGGAUAAGAGAAAUCCGACCAUGACCGGUGUUAAAAAGAAGGAAAAGUAUCAACUGUUGUUUUUGAAAGUUUGCUUCAAUUUUUUACACUAUUUGAGGAAGGAACUGAACAUCUGUCCAGAUGAUGUAAUACAAACAUUCAACUUACUUUUCCACGACUGCACUCAUUCGUUUCGUUUUGUGGAACGUUUCGAUACUCCGUUACAUCUUUACCUGAACGCUAAUUAUUUCCAAAACCAAGUCAAUGACGAAAGUAUAAUACCAAACAGAUGGAAUUUGGACAUAAACGCUUUUACAGUUUACGACAAAUUUAUUGAAACCAAACUCAAAAAUAUAAGAUUCCAAGAGAAAAAUAAAAUCGAUUUAUACAAUCCCGACAAUUUAACGAUUUAUGAGAAAAUCCGAGAAGACUUCUUUGCGAAACAUUACAAAUUAGGUGCUUACGCUAUUUUUAAUCGAGACAUCAACAAAAUAUUUGACGAAAAAGAAUUAUUUAAAAUUAGAAAAACCAUAGAGAAUAUUAAAAUUGGCGCGGAAAAAACUGGAUUAGUACUUAGCAUCGUUAACAAUAUACCAACAUUUAUACAUAUGACUUUUACAGAAUAUUUCGCAGUCGAAUAUAUCUGUCAGUCAUUAAAAUCGGCUUCAGGCACAGAAAGUCAAAGAAAUAUUUGGGAUUUCAUUUUAAAUAUCGUAUUUUUAAAAUGCGAAAUAAACGUGCGCCAAAUGUUUAGCUACAGAUUAAAAACGGACAAUGUCGUGAAAGCGAUAGUAAAUGAGCAUGUAGAAAUAAUUUUUGAUCUAUUAUUGACACAGGGUACGGGACUUUACGCUUACAAUCCUGACGAUUUCAGUAAAGAAUUGUAUUUAAAAAUAAAAAACCAUUUACAAAGUGCCAUGAGGGAUGACCUUACAAACUUUGUUACAAUAAUUAGCGAUUUGAAAGAAAAAAUGUCGGAAGAUUAUAGAAAGCAGUGGCUGUCUACUGCGACGACGCGGUUGAUUUACCUACGAGAGAGAGAAGAAUUAUCCUUAAAAAAAACUAAUCAAGUGCGUAAGGCGCAAGGCCACAGAAGACGCCGGAAGACGCGCGUGCCCAUAGAGUGACGAUAGCGCCAAAAAAUAUAAAAGGCGCCUUUGGGUUGCGCUUCAGGCGCCUCAGUCUAGUCAAGGAAAAUACAUUUACAUAAACUACGUUUAAAAAUACCGAAAACAAUCACCUAUUUUUUGAAGUCGAUUAAUUAAUAGGUC